AGCAAUGUUUUGUUUGACCGCACGACCGAUAGCCAUGCCGCGAUAGGUCUACGGGUGCAGUGUGGAGUGUGGAGUGAAGUGCAAUUAAAACCUUGGUUAACUGUGUGUAUACUGUCGUAUGUAUGCACGAUGGGCUCUCUCACUAUAAAGCAGGAUCUCUGGCGUUCAGCUUUGGACUUCAACGAACGAAACUACAAAAUCGUCCCUAGGGCUACUACUACCCACAUUUGACUAAACCUAGAAUGACGCAAACUAUUUUUAGGCUAUACAUCAAAUGCGAAAGGGUUUAUUGUCAGUGGAGGAACUGUGCAAAAAAUGUCAAGAUAUUCUAAAGAAGACACGAGUGCUGAACAUGUAUGUCAACGAAACAGACCCUGAGCAGCUCUCUAAAAACCUACAAGCUUCAUCUCAGGCAUAUGCUCAAGAAGCUGCAAAAUGUCUUGAGGGUAUCCCAGUCUCUUUCAAGGAUGCUUUUUGCACGAGUGAUAUGCCCACAACUUGUGGGUCAAAGAUGCUUUUGAAUUAUACACCUCCUUAUGAUGCGACUAUGGUCACGCGAACUCAGGAAAAUGGAGCCAUUGUCAUAGGCAAGACAAAUAUGGAUGAGUUCGCCAUGGGUUCUGGUAGUUUGGACGGCUGCCACGGCCCGGUGAUGAAUCCAUGGAACUUUGCCGUCCUCCCAGCCGCUGACAGACAUGUGCAAGGGGCUAACAAUGUAUCUGAAGACACUCUUUCAGUGGAGCCUGGAGACUGGUUCAUUAGUGGUGGAAGCUCUGGAGGCUCUGCGGCUGCUGUAGCCAGUGGCUCGUGUUUAGCCUCAUUUGGUUCUGAUACCGGUGGCUCAACAAGACUUCCAGCUAGUUUUUGUGGAGUGGUUGGGCUCAAACCCACAUAUGGUCUCUUGUCUCGGCAUGGACUCAUUCCCUUGGUGAAUUCUAUGGAUGCGCCAGGCAUAAUCACGAAGACAGUAGAAGAUUGCUCUAUUGUGCUUAAUGCUGUGGCUGGCCAUGAUGUAAUGGACUCAACAACAGUAGUGGAAUCUUAUAAACCUUUUGAAAUUCAAGAGGAUAUUGAUCUGUCAAAAUUACAUAUAGGAAUACCGAAGGAGUACCAUGGCCCAGGCCUGUCGGGGGAGGUUCUGAGGCUGUGGCAAGAUACGGCGGAUAACCUUGAGAAGGCGGGAGCUCGUGUCACUCAAGUCUCCAUGCCCCACACACAGCUCUGCAUCACAUGCUACCACGUGCUCUGUUGCUGUGAAGUUGCUUCCAACAUGGCCCGCUAUGAUGGCAUUGAAUUUGGUCUGAGGGAAGGUAGUGAAGAAUCUACUGAGGAGCUCUAUGCAGCUAGUAGACACCAAGGCUUUAAUGAUGUUGUGAGGAGCCGGAUUCUUGCUGGAAAUUUCUUUCUCCUUAAAAGGAACUAUGAGAAAUUCUUCUUGAAGGCUCAGCGAGUGAGAAGACUCAUCAGCAACGACUUCAAGAAUGUUUUCCGCUCUGGUGUGGAUGUCCUCUUAACUCCCAUCUCCCUCACAGAUGCCCCGCGGUACAGAUGGUUUGCCAAUCAGGAUAACCACACGCGGUGUGAAGAACAAGAUGUCCUUUCCACUCCAGCAAACAUGGCAGGUGUGCCGGCCAUCAGCAUCCCACUAAGCCUGUCCUCCCAAGGUCUGCCUCUAAGCCUACAGCUGAUUGGGCCACACUUCAGCGAGUCCUCCUUGCUCACAGUUGCAGGCUGGCUUGAGAGAGAGGCCCAGUUCCCGUAUCUAAACUUGGAUGCGUUAGGACUCAAUGAAGAAGCUUUGAGGAGAUGAGAAUGUCCUUCAUUUUAGAUUUAAUUAGGUUUUCCUUUACCACACACAGUGACACUUCAUGUCUUUCAACAGUGCAAUGGAACUGCUUCAAACAAUGGGGAAAAAAUUCAAUACUAUGUUUAGAAUAUGUUUUACAUACGAUACGGUACCAGGAAUAAAGCUGUGUUAUGAUUUCAAGUAGUGACAGAGCGUUUUAAUUUUAAGUAAAUUAGUGGCAUGACAAGAACGUUUUGGAACAGCUUCAGCUGACAGUGUAUAUUUGACUGGCUGUUAUAGUAUGUAAGUUAUAUACAGAGUUUUGCUGAUCCCUCAAUGAAGCUGCGGGACACACUGAAGAAAGCAGAAAGCCGAGAGGAAAGGAGGAAAUUUAUUGUCAUCUUCUGUCAGAGGCGACCCAACGGAUGACAAAUCUAUGGGAGAAGAAAAAAUGAGAUUGUGUGAUGUGGCGGAAACUCAUUCCUGUUUGGUAAAAUAUACGUUUUUAUACAUUUGGUUUCUCCAUCUAGUCAGUUUGUAGUUUGUGUUGGUUUUACUGACUACUUAUACUGAUUGUUUUGUAGGCCUACAAUCACAAAACGUGACAUAUGCCACAUUGUGUUGUAUAUGACAUGGUUGUUGUUCUCUUCUUUCAUUUCUCCUAUGUUGAUGAAUGCACUUUGGUAUUGAUGUCAGUGCCUUAGUGUGAAGAUGGUCAAGCACAUUGUUCCAUUGUCUUCCUGUAGGUGGGGUGGCGAGACUUGUUACGGGAAUAAA